AUGCCGCAGUCACCUACGCGCGAUGGCACGACUCAAGCCGGAUCUGUUGGCACAUCAAAAUAUGAGGUGAAAAGGAUUGAUCCAUUCGCCAAUGAAGAAGGCGCAGAAGUCAAGUACAGGACAAUGUCAUGGUGGCAUGCUGCAGCAGUCAUGAUUGCGGAGACCAUAUCUCUCGGCAUACUGAGUUUGCCUUCGGUAUUGGCAUCAAUUGGAAUAGUACCUGGGCUCAUCUUGAUCGUGGGUCUAGGUACCAUUGCAAUGUACACUGGCUACACAAUCCACCAAUUCAAGAUGGCGUACACGCAUGUGCACAACAUGGCAGACGUCGGCGAGAUUCUGUUUGAGCCAUGGGGAAUGGCAGCAUUUGGUCGCGAGUUCCUAGGCGCCGCACAAACACUGUUGCUAAUAUUCACCAUGGCCAGCCAUAUCCUGACGUUCACUAUCGCCCUCAACGUUAUAACGGGUCAUGCGACCUGCACAAUCGUUUGGGGCAUUGUUGGGUUGAUGCUUUUCUGGUUUUGUUGCCUUCCCCGAACAUUGAAGAAGAUGGCAUACCUCUCGAUAGCAUCGUUCAUUAGCAUCCUUGCUGCAGUACUCAUCACCAUGAUUGGUGUGGGUGUCUCGCCACCAGACCCGCACGUCGAAGCUACCGUCACCACUUCCUUUGCUUCCGCAUUCCUGUCAACCACCAACAUCAUCUUCGCAUACGCCGGCCAUGUUGCCUUCUUCACUUUUAUCAGCGAACUCAAAGACCCAAAAGAGUUUCCCAAGGCGAUCUGGACGUUGCAAAUCUGUGACACCACCAUGUACAUUAUUGUGGCCAUUGUGGUGUACAGAUACGCGGGUCCGGAUGUCGUUAGCCCUGCCCUGGGUAGUACUGAUACCGUAGUGAAGAAGGUAGCGUAUGGGAUUGCCUUGCCAACCAUCGUCAUCGCAGGCGUCAUAUACGGACACGUCGCCGCCAAAUACAUCUACGUGCGCAUGUUCCGAGGCACGCGACACAUGGGCUCGCGGACAUGGCUCGGCGCAGGCAGUUGGGCUCUGAUCACGCUCGUCAUCUGGGUCAUCGCGUGGGUCAUCUCCGAGUCAAUUCCCAACUUCAACGACCUGCUGGCGCUCAUCAGUGCUCUCUUUGCCUCGUGGUUCACCUACGGGCUCAGCGGCAUCUUCUGGCUCUUCAUAAACUCGGGCGGCUGGUUCCGCGACUCCCACAAGUCCUGUCUCGCUGUUAUCAACUUGGGCAUCGUUGCAUUGGGUGCCGCUAUUUGCGGAAUUGGCUUGUAUGCUGCGGGCAAGGCUAUUCACGACCAUUCUGCUGGUAGCAGCUGGUCUUGCGCGGACAACUCGUCGACGUGA